AUGACAGAAAUUUUGGAAAUUCCUCCUUUAUUAGUAAAAGAUAGGGGAAAAACCAUCAACCUUACUUUUGAAAAUGGCAUUCUUUCAAUUGCUGAAAAAAAGAUUCCGUCUAGAAACAUUCUCGAUGUUAAAUUGAAAAAUUCAUCUUCAAAUAAAUUUAAUAAUCUUGUAUCAGUAGAAAUUAAUGUUCUCAGUCCUUUUAGUGGAGGUAAAAAAUUACGGUUGACAAACUUUACUCUUGAAGCAACUACUGCUGAACAAGCUACUUCAUGGGCAAAAUCGGUUAGAGAUGUCGCAUAUAAAA